AUGAAUCCAUUGAAAUGUGCCUUCGGAGUUACUUCCGGCAAGUUCCUUGGCUUUAUUGUGAGACAUCGAGGGAUUGAAAUUGAUCAAGCCAAAAUCGAUGCAAUAUCAAAGAUGCCUGAACCUCGAGAUAUCCAUGAGUUAAAAAGUCUCCAAGGAAAGUUAGACUACUUGAGAAGGUUCAUCUCAAAUCUAGCGGGGAGAUGUCAACCAUUCAGUCAUCUCAUGAAGAAAGGUGCUCCUUUUAAUUGGGACCAAACAUGUAGCGAAGCCUUUAAAAGUAUCAAAUCGUAUCUAGCGAAAUCUCUGGUUUUGGCAGCCCCUAUACCUGGAAAACCAUUGAUACUCUACAUUGCAGCACAAGAAAGGUCUGUAGGGGCCCUGUUAGCUCAAGAGAAUAGUGAAGGCAAAGAAAAUGCUCUUUAUUACUUAAGUAGAACAAUGACGCCAAAUGAGCUAAAUUAUUCGCCAAUUGAAAAGUUAUGCUUGGCACUGGUCUUCUCAAUUCAAAAGAUGAAGCAUUAUUUUCAAGCUCAUGUUGUCCGCCUUAUUUCUAGAGCAAAUCCCAUCAAGUUUGUUAUGUCAAAACCUGUCCUUAGUGACCGACUAGCAAGAUGGUACCUCCAAUUCCAACAAUUUGAGAUUGUGUACAUCCCUCAAAAAUUCGUGAAGGGACAAGCACUAGCGGAUUUCUUAGCAGACCAUCCUAUACCAAAUGAUUGGGAGUUAACUGAUGAGUUUCCUGAUGAAGAUGCGAUGUUAAUUGAAGUUCAACCUCCUUGGAAAAUGUACUUUGACGGGGCUGCAUAUCGCGGCGGAGCUGGUGCUGGCGUGGUGUUCAUCACUUCACAAGAAGAGAUUCUACCAUUCUCUUUUACUCUAAAACAAUGUUGCUCCAAUAACGUCGCUGAAUAUCAAGCACUGAUACUUGGACUUGAAAUGGUCGUUGACAUGAAACAGUUACAUUUACAUGUCUUUGGUGACUCUCAAUUGGUGAUUAAUCAACUCUUAGGAAGUUAUGAGGUAAAAAAGCUUGAAUUGCGACCUUAUCAUGAUUAUGCUCAAAAGUUGAUAAGAUGGCUAGGGGAUGUAACCCUUCAACAUGUGCGUCGAACAGAGAAUAAGAAAGCUGAUGCAUUGGCUACUCUAGCUUCAACGCUAACCCUUCCUAAUCAAACGCAAGUAACUGUCUGUCAAAAAUGGAUAGUACCACCGUCAAAUGAGGAAGAAUAUAUUGAAAAUAAGCUUGAUCGUAUCGUCGCCAUUGUUGAAGCUGCGAAGGAAGAUUGGAGACAACCCAUCAUUGAUUACCUAUGUUAUGGGAUACUUCCAGAAAAUCCAAGAAGAAGAACUGACAUACGUCGUCGUGCACCUCGAUUCCUUUACUACAAGGAUACAUUAUAUAGAAGAUCAUUUGAGGGUAUGUUAUUACGAUGUUCGGGAGAGGAAGAAACAAUUCAAGCCCUGCAAGAAGCACACUCAGGACCACCAGAAGUAUUGCACCCAACCAUCACAUCUUGGCCAUUUGACGCUUGGGGACUGGAUAUUGUAGGACCAUUACCAAAGUCUUCUGGUGGACACUUGUACAUCUUGGCUGUAACUGAUUACUUUUCAAAAUGGGCUGAAGUUGUCGCUCUUAAAGAGGUGAAGAAAGAGAAUGUUGCAAAUUUUAUCCGAGUAAAUAUUAUCUAUCGCUUCGGCAUCCCUCGCUAUAUAAUAACAGACAAUGGCAAACCAUUUGAUAACAAGUUAAUGAACAAGAUUUGUGAUCUUUUCGACUUUAAGCAACGUAAAUCUUCUAUGUACCAUGCUGCCGCAAAUGGUCUUGCUGAAGCAUUCAAUAAAACUCUAUGCAACCUACUCAAGAAAGUUGUCUCCAAAUCCAAACGGGAUUGGCAUGAAAGAAUGGAAGAAGCUUUGUGGGCAUAUAGGACAACAUAUCGCACACCAACUCAAGCAACACCAUAUUCACUUUCUUUUGGAGUUGAAGCAGUCCUGCCACUCGAGCGUCAAAUACCCUCCUUAAGACUUGCUAUUCAAGAAGGGCUCUCUGAGGAAGAAAAUGCUUGA